GUCGAUGUCGGUCGUUCGUUCGGGCGUCCGUCGAUAGUUUCGCGUUUUUAUUUUUAUUGUUUAGAAAAAAGGCUCAAUAUAGUAUUUCUAUUCAACUGCAGCUUAUUAAUUAGAUAUAUUCGUAUAAUAGUGAUUAAUUGAUACGAGACACUCGAAAAUCGUCUCUGUUUCGUAAUUUCAUCGAUGUGUAUUCAUUGGACUGUGAUGGAAAUGUCAAAAAUUUUCGUGGAUUGCUUGGAGUAGGGCCAAUGGUCAUGAAAUAUUAACUUGAGUGAAAAUUUUGUGAUGAAAGUGCAUUUGUGAACUGUUGAUAUUGUCUGAAUUCUGAACAUAAUCUUGGUGUGUUAUUGUGCGCUUCUCAACAGUGCCAGUGACAGUUGCAUGAUUUAACACAUUUUGAGAAAGUGAAGGGUGUUGGUGAUCGGACAUGAGUUCCCCGCCCCCUGUCCAGUUGGAGGUGGAGGUUGGCGAUGAAUCUAUGGAGGACGAUGCUGCCGACAUGAUUCCAGCUGACAGGUUCACGUUGCCUGGCCGAGGUGACGCUGUGGUGGAGCUGUGGAGGUCGAAGAUGGAGGAAGGUGUACUGGCGCCAGCGCACUUCCUGGACCACUGGAGGGUCACUGUUCCCAGGAUAUACUCUCCACAACCCAACAGGACUUGUCUAGACUGGUCUUUCGACGAGGACUUAGCAGCCAAACUUCUAAUUCAGCCCCUGGAGCAGUUUGUGUGGGGAAAUAGUGAUGGAUCUCAGCCGCCGUUACCGCGACGGUCUACUCUUUGUGGCCGAGUCUUCAAGCAGGGUGAUCCAGCGUACAGCUGUAGAGAAUGCGGUAUGGACAACACUUGCGUGUUGUGCGUGGAGUGUUUCAAAGUGUCUGCCCACCGGCACCAUAAGUACAAGAUGGGCCAGUCCAGCGGCGGGGGCUGCUGCGACUGCGGCGACACUGAGGCUUGGAAGAGGGAUCCCUUCUGUGAGCUACAUGCGGCCGCAGAAGACGACAAACAGGAGGAGGCUACGAUAAAACCGGAGGUGGUGGAACGUAUGAAGAUAGUGGCGUCCGUCACCCUCACAUACUGUCUGCGACUGCUGACACACGACCAUGCGCCCGGACUGCCCAAUGAUCUCAGUACGUUAACCCCUUCCAGGUUGAAGGACGCGGAGCGCGACCUACUGCAGAUUCUCGACCAACCAGACUGUUACUGCACAGUCCUCUAUAACGACGAGACACACACGUUUGAUCAGGUCAUAACUACUUUAGUAAGAGUAACAAAAUGUAACCAAAGGGAUUCGCUGGACCUCGUGAGUUUGAUAGACCGCGAAGGUCGAGCGCUGGUUAAAUGCAACUCGUUUCAAGUUUGCGACAAACUGAAGACUGAUAUAGAGAUCUGUACGGCGAUGUUCGAAAGGUUCACGUCGCGCCACGGGCCCGGCCUCAAGGUGCUCGUCAUGCACGCCCACGUCAUCGCGCAUCAGACCUUCGCUAUGAAACUACUGCAUUGGUUACAAAACUUCGUCAGUCAAGAACCAAGUCUUCGGCUGGCCGUUAGUCAAGUGGCGCUUGGGGAAGAAGUUUGGGGGGCUAGCACAUCGGUAGGGGGUGGUGGCGGGGUCGCCUGUGGGGUCAUGCAGAACGACUCACGCAUGUGGAAAGCCGCCCGCACCGCCUGGCACAGGCUACUCAUCGCCACGACCCUGAUGGACUACUCAACCAAGAGGGCCAUGGCCAUACUGUUCACUAAGAAUUAUGGUUCAAUCCUCAAGGAUUUCAUCAAAGAUGACCACGACCACACAUUCUCGAUAUCUUCGCUCUCGGUACAGCUGUACACCACGCCGACCUUGGCGCACCAUCUCAUCGCGAAACACGACGCGCUAUUUGUGGUCAUGAAUACCUUCAUUAGCGAAUGUAAUCGACGCUGUAACCAACAAACGGGUCGCCUAGAAUUCGACAGGGCGCACAUUCCAAUUCCGUUUAAGCGUGCGCAGUUUAUACUGUACGACGUGAAGUACCUCCUCAGUUCCGUCCCCACUACCUUCGACGACGACCUUCGCAAGGGAUUCAUGCAUGGCAUGUCCCUCAUGCUGAACCUACUUGUCAUGAUGCAAGGCAUGGACUCCGUUGUCAGACAGGUCGGUCAACAUAUGGAGUACGAGCCAGAAUGGGAGUCUGCUUUCAAUCUGCAUGUUAAACUAGCGCACAGCAUCACGCUAUCGUUGGAAUGGUGCGCGGCAGAGAAGACCCUGGCCACGGCCCUGUACCGCAUGGCGCUCAGGAAAUUCAGCGAGACUUACACUCCAUCGCCCAAGGUUUACUAUGAGCUGGGCAACCAGAGCGCGUCAGUGAUCCCGUAUGAUGUGUCUACUAAACCCGUGUCCAUCCACCGUCCACUGUCGCGGUACAUCGCGGGCCUGCAUCUACUGCUGCACAACCACGGCCUGUCGUACCACAGCAAGGAGUUCGACCGACAGGACAAACCUAAACCCACGCCUGUUGAACUCAUUGAGCCAGUCCUGCAGACGAUGGCGAUGAUAGGGCAGGUGCACGCGGGCAUGUGGCGCCGCAACGGGUUCGCCCUCAUCAACCAGCUCUACUUCUACCAGAACGUCAAGUGUCGCGCCGAGAUGCUCGACAGAGACAUCGUCAUGUUGCAGAUCGGGGCAUCUCUGAUAGAGAGCAACGAAUUCAUAAUACACGUUAUGAAUAAGUUCAACUUGUUGGACUGGGCGCGGCCCGACUAUGAGCAACGCAGCCUGGAGGACGACAACCUCAGACAUACCAUCUCCAUGCUUGAAGAGUUCCUAGGACUACUCAUCACCAUCUACGGCGCCCGCUACGUGCCCGGCGUGGGCGAGGUGACCAACGAGGACCGAACCAUGAAGGAGAUCAUACAGAUGCUGUGUGUCAAGCCCAUGCCACACUCGGAACUCAACAGAUGUCUCCCAGAAGACCAGCUCCACGAGACUGGUUUAGAAGCCGUCAUCCACAAGGUGGCAGACUUCAUCAAGCCCACCGGUGGGAAUAACCGCGGCGUUUACAAGUUAAAGCCGCACUUGUACGACGAGUACGACACCUUCUUCUACCACUACACCAGGGAGGAACUGUCCAGGAGUGAGGAGGAGCAGAGGAACAGGAGGAAGGCUGCAGGUCUUCCAGAAUGCUGUCCCCCUCCAAUGCUCCCAAAGUUGGCGCCUCCAUUCCGCCUGAUAGCCAACCUGCUGCAAUGUGAUGCGGUCCACCAUGUAUUGAAGACUGUGCUCGAACGGGCCUUAGACCUUAGGGCCAGGUCCUUCUCCGAGACACAAGUACAUAAGGCGCUGCACCUGAUAGGCUACGCGCUGCGCGACGAGGAGAGCGGGCACUACGAGUUCGUGCAGUUCGCGGAGGGGGCCGCCCGUACUGGGCUCGCUGCCCUGCUGCAGCAGCUGGCCGCCAGCCCGCGCCUCGACGCGCACCGCGACCUCGCGCGCUGGCUGCACCACAAGAUACGAUCUCUGCUUGGACAGACCGAUGAACACAUCGGUGACGGCGAGAACAUGGACACGGACCAGGAGGAGAAACCUACCAACGACGAUGCGGCCGAAACAGAAAAGACACGUCGCGCCAAGUUAGCCGCAGAAAGACGUGCUAAGCUGAUGGCACAGAUGAAGACGCAGAUGAACAACUUCAUAUCAAAGAACGCCACACUCUUCGAGGAGACCACUACUGAGGUGACGGCGGAGGAGCAGGAGCUUCGUCCGUUGUACUGCGGCGCGGCGCUCGGCGUCUGGGGGGGCGGAGUACCCGAGCCCGCGCGCAUCUGUAUCAUGUGCCAGGAGGAGGCUCGCGUAGAUCUGAAAACGGACCCACUGGUCCUGGUAGCGUUCGUGCAGCAGUCGAGCGUGCUGAACCGCUUGCGGGUGGGGCCGUGCGGGCGCGUGCCGGCGGCGUGGCAGCACGCGUGGCUGCCGGCCGGGCUGGGCCUGCAGCCGCACGUGUCCAGCUGUGGACACGCGCUGCACGCCGCCUGCUGGAGGAACUACGUCGACAACGUGCAGGACAAGGAGAACAGGAGACCAUAUCGCGGCCGCCAACCAGCAGCAUUUGACGUUGAAAAGAAAGAAUACCUGUGUCCUCUAUGCGAGCGACUCUGUAACACUGCACUACCUCUGCUCCCCGCACCGUCCAUACCACCAGAACCCUUACCACCACUGACCGAAGAAAGUUACAAUGAGUCAGUCAGCCUGAUCCUCAAACUAAAGCACCAAGUCAGCUCCGAAUCCGUUCACGUUUGCACUGAAUUCUGUGAGGAAAUGCACUGCCAAGCCCGAGCCAGGAGCGUUGGAGCAAUGUCCUCAGACAUGGAGGACGGGGAAGUAGUUGAUGCAACUGAAAUCUACGUCUCCACACACGCUGAAACCAUUCUAAAACGGGAGUUCUUAGUCCACUUCGAAGCUGAAGUACCCCUCUACAGUGAUUACGCUAAAGGGUUGAUUGACGAUUUCGCUGGUAUACUUCCAGUGUCAGACUACGGCGGCUUCGUAUCAAGUGCUGCCCUCUACAGGUCCACAUCGUACACUAUAAUCAGCACUAACGCGGUCUUACAAGCCGAGAACAGGCCGUUACUGGGCGAGCUGCCGGCCAGACAUAGGGACACUCUACAGGCACUGAUCAGACUGGCAGCGGCUUUGCCUUGUGUCUGGUCGUCCCCCAAACACCUCUCACACCACGGACUCAGCACUCUAAACACUCUAGAGAACACCUCUCCACUCACUCACGAACCAUUCGGUACUCUAGUCGCCCUAGUUCUAACCGCUCCGAGUCUCUUCUGCAAAGUAGGAGGGCCGGCCCGGCCGACCAACCUCGCCAAGCAAUUCACACUGCAAUGCUUCCGAGCCACGCUAGCCCGGGCACUGCUCGUUACUGACGUCACUGCUUGCAAGAGCGAGCCCAUGGAAGGCCAGGAGGACUUCAAGAACGCAGACUUAGAGAACCUUCUUCCUUACAUGAAGGAGUUACGGAAUGGAGUGCUAGAAGAUAACUUGAACCCAACAGAAGUAUGGCAGUUGAUCAAAAGUCAGUGCCAUACGUUCUUGCGCUGCUGUUGUCUGUUCUACCACUUUUUGAGUGACAUCAACGCGCCUGAAGAGUUGACUGUAGUGAAGGGAGAUACUUGGGAGUCUAUGUGCGGGUACCUGGACAUGCCGAGUACCUUCAAAGACCUGGUGGAUACUCCUACAACCAGGAAGAAGAUCUCAGAAUGGGCUGGACUGUCCACGGAGUGGUUUAACGGAGAGAUUCCUGCUCAUGUCGUCACUGAACCUAAGGAGCCUCCUAGUUUGAUCCCGUUACCAGAAGACUUCUCGGAACUGAUGAAUUUGGUGUCGGAAUUCUCGUGUCCCAACUCGGAGCGCGAGGACAGCAAGAAGCCGACCAUGUGCCUCGUCUGCGGACAGAUACUGUGCUCACAGAGCUACUGCUGCCAGGCUGACAUACCCAAGUGGGGUCGCAGCGGGGAGCUGCAGCGUGUGGGUGCAGUGGUGGCGCACUGCGCCAGCUGCGGCGGCGGCGCCGGCGUCUUCCUGCGCGUGCGCGACUGCGAGCUACUGCUGCUGGCCGCGCCCGCCCGGGGCGCCAAGCUGCCCGCGCCAUACCUCGACUCCUACGGGGAAACUGACCAGGGCCUGCGGCGCGGCAACCCGCUGCAGCUGUGCCCGUCCCGCUACGAGGCGCUGCGCAUGCUGUGGCUGGCGCACGGCCUGCACGAGCGCAUCGCGCGCGCACUCGACACCAACGUGCUCGUCACCACCACCUGGCAGAACCUUUGAUACACCUACCGCACAUACACAAUCCUACGUCCCCGUCGUCAUGAACACCCGUGACAACGACGAUUCUGGGAAUAAAUCUAGUAUACAACGUUUAACCACUUGUAUGUCGGUAUAUAAGACACAAUAGAAAACACAUUGUGUCUCGCGUAGAUCUGCGUUCCGACAGACAACGGGUUAAUAGAUGCGUAACUCCUUGCUAGUGUGUUUUCUAAAGAAACUUUCAUUAUUUUGUCAUUAUAACUGUCGUGAGAUUUCAUUAAAAUCUACGCCUUAUUCACGGGAAGUAAUCGAGAAAUGCUCUACUAAUUUCAAGUCGCAACGGGACUCAUAUCAAUGAACUGCAUGUCUAGUUACUAGUGAAGCAUUUCUCACUCUCUCUCUCUCUUAAGAUCACAAAUACUUAAAUAAAAAAUAUGAUUUGUGAUCUAAUUAAUGAUAAUUUCUAUUACGUGAAAUGCAAUGGGACUCUUAAGACGACGGGUGGAAAGUGCAUGUUACAUUGGACUUAAACACCUUGUCUUUCCUUUGGGGAAUAAAACAAAAUAAAUAUUACAUUUUGUUUUACAAUGAAACAAUACUCGCAAGGUUUUACAUCUAUAGUUACAACACGUAUACUUACUGCAGCCGAAAUUAUACCCAAUCUCAACCCGAUAAAGAUCGAUUUUGGAUAUUAAAAAAUCCAGAGAUUUUAGGUAUUAAUUUCGGUAAUUAGAAUUAUAACAGUUUUAGCCAAAUAAAAGCUAUAUUACUUAGAUAUUUUAAUGCCACGCUGCGCAAACAACUUGCCAAUAUACUACGGUGAUUCGUAGAUGAAAAUAUUAUAAGUUGCGUUUCAGUUUUAGUCACGAUGUCUAGUGUGUUACUAGAUUACCAGUACUUGUCGGAAUGGCAACUUUUUAACAACCAAUUAGGUUAUUUUUCAUAAUUAAUGUUGAAUUACUGUACGGAAGAAAAAGUGAGAAAAAAUGAAGUGAUAAGAAUUUUAGUGGAUCUUUACCCUUAGUUACGGUGUACGAAAACGGAACGGGAGCGCGUUCGACGCUCUGAUUGGUUAGAUCUUAUUCUCUCUCGCUUUGAUUGGUUAAUUCGAGCCGGCCAAUUAGGGCGCCGAACGCGUUCUCGUUUCGUUUUCGUUCAAAAAGCAAACUUCUAAAGGUAGCCAGUAGUAUAUAAUUAUAGAUUAGUUAAUUCAACAUUAAUUUGUAUGAAAUUAAUUCUUGAUUGGAUUUGGUACAUACACAACUCUUUAAGCCCAAUUUUUACUCCAACAUUGGGCUGCAGUGUUUAUAUCUAGAUGGCAGCACUUCAUGUAAUUACUGUGAUUUUCUUUUUAAAUUGUGUUUUGUAAUACUAACAAUUAUGAUGUGUUAUUAAUUAAAGAUCUAAAAUAUUUGACACAAACCUUAUAUUGUUUUUAUUUUACGUUUUCUCGCGUGUUUCUUAUUAAUAUUAAGUUAUGCUCUGUGUUGCUAUAGUUUUCAGGUUAUUUUGAAGGAUUUUUGUAGUCUAUAUUCAAGUUUUAGGUUAUGAGUAAAAAAAAAUAUAGGUAUUUUAAAAAUCCUGAGCUUGAAACCUGAAUGCGCUCUGGUCUUAAUAUUUGAAAUUAAUUGACAAAAUUAACCGAUUCUUUUUGAUAUCUAAGAACUAUUUUGGCUUUACACGUUUACUAGUUUUCUAGACUAAUUUAUUACUUUAAAUUAAAUGUCUUACUGCCCUACACAGAGUCAUUUAAUGAUUACUUAACCCAGUCCUUAGCAAUUGUUUUUAAAACAAAAUCGUUCUUAAGGCAUAGUUUAAGUAAUCAUUAACCGUCUCUGAGUACGGUAGUUAAAGACUAUAAUAAAUUGUCGUACUUACUUGAUAUUUAUCUCUUUAGCACAUAUAGCUUUACAAUAGGACAGAGACAAAAUACCUGACAUAACAGUAGCGUAAACAAAAACCAACUUUGUGCUAGUAAAAUUAAAGUAUAAUAUAGAAUAAAUAGUAGUGUCAAAGUUUUUUAGUUGCAAGACGCAAUGAAAAUUAGACCUUAUAGCGUAGAUAUAAAGAUGAACAUGAAUUUAUUGGAACCGCAGAAAGCAUUGCCAUAGAUUUGAUUAAUGAUUCUAUAAGAUCUUAGAGAUAGGAGACAAUUUGAUGAUAAAUACUAUUAAUACUUAGAUAUACGCAUUACGAUAUUUCGUAUUCUACAUUAAAUAUCAACGCGCAAUAAUACUGUAACUAUGUAAUUAGUAUAAACGGAAUAGCUAGAAAAAUAUGAAUUUUGUCGCAGAAUAUUAUCUAUUUAUCAGUACUUAAAAUUAAAUAUGGAUGUUACAAAUCGACAACCGCCGUACCCAGUCAUUUAAUGGUUACUUAACCCAGUCCUUAGCAAUUGUUUUCGAUACAAAAUCGUUACUAAGGAAUAGUUUAAGUAAUCAUUAAAUGUCUCUAAGUGCGACUGUUAAAUCUGCUUGAGUUAUGCCAAAGACGUUUUGUUAUAAUAAAAGUUUAUUACAGUUGCUUUAGACAAAUAAUUUUGGGAACAUUCAUUACCGGCGUAGCCUCGUAUACUCGUAUACGACUACGAAAUUGUAGACUUACAUACCUCUCAAUUAAUGGGGGCUACGGUUUUGUUUCUUUCUCACCAGAUGGCGCAAAUAUAUAAAAAAGAUUUUUUGUCCAAUCACAACUGCUGACAAAUAUUGAACGUCCAAUGGUGUAACACAAACAAAUUUUCUGUUUGACGAAAAACUACUAGUGACAUCUGGUGGGCAAAAAUAUUACUAUAGGCCCCAUUAUUAUGCAGCUACAUAAAUAUCUUAGAUAUUAUUAAAAUCCAAUGCUUAUUAAUGUUCUAAUAUUCCUUACUGAAAAUAUUUACAUUUAAAAACAGACUUACUUGAUCAUUUUUAUAGCGUCAUGUCGUGAGUGACGUCACUGAUCGGUUAUAUUAAAAUAUUUAUUAAAAAUAAACGUUAUAUCGCUAGUUCCAUUAAUAUAUGUUAAUGUACGAAGUUCCAACGGUUGUACGUUACGAAAUACUAUGUCCUUUUAAAUUAAUAUAAGUCAUUCUGAAGAAUUUA